CACGGGCGCCUGUAUCAGGGGAAAAAGCUGAAGUGGUUACUGAGAGCGCAGAAGUAAAGUUUAGUAAUUCAACGGGUGAGUUUCUUACCUGACCGCAGGCAGGGCACGCAGGGCGACAGGUGGUGAAUACGCGAGCGGCAGCGAAUAAAACCCUGCGGUAAUUCCCUGUUUACGGGACAGAGCGCUGGAGCGGAGGUGGUCUCCCCACAUCGCUGUCCCACCCUGCGACUGGACUUUUCUCUCCCUCCGCUCGACGCCUGCCGCUUCUUUUGCACGCUGCUUCUCUCGCUCUCUUCCCAUUAGACUCUCGGUCCUCGAGCGAAGCUCGAUAUCUCCCCUGCUGCUCGGCUGCCACAUUUCAGUUUUGCGCUUCUUCUUCUUCGACGGAGCCCGGUGUGUUUUCUCAAGAUUUUCCUUCCAUUGGUAAAUAAUUCCACAUGGAUGAAGAAUUGUUGAACCGUACCUUGUGAAUAUUUGUACACUGGUAUUUUUAGUGUUCCGAUUGUAAUUACCAUGAAGGUCAGAGCAAGGAAAGCAUCUUCCAGGAUGUCAGACAAGGAUCCCUCUGAGUGUCCCAACAAGAAGCGAAGAAAGGAGGCAGGUUUUUGGCAGCGGAGGAAGGAAGUGGCUGCUGCUCUAAUCACGUCCUCCUCUCGGAAACGGAGAAUCGAAAAUACUGCUGUAUGUCUGGUGUCCCCUAGUCGAGUACGUGUUGUACCUGCUGAAGCGGAGAACUCGGUUGCGGAUGAAGAUCUUUGUCGGAAUCUCCAUCUUACUUUUUCGUCGAUGGACUCAUCAUUGACUGAUUUAAAGGAGCAAAAAUGUUCGGAGUUUGAAAAUGUAGCAGACAGGGAGUGUGAGUCUGAGCACGCGGACGAGAAGGAGAUUCCUAGGGACAGUUCGGAAGUUUGUCUUGAGGAUUUCAAGAGUCACCUGGAACAUACCGGAAGUGCCACACGACCGUCUCUAUUAGAGACUAUCUUUUCUCCUGUGUUCCACUUAUUCAAAGGACACGGAGAAGAUUCACACACAAAUUGUCAAAAUAGCGUUGAACAAACAGAUGCACAAGAGCAGCAAAGGGUAGAAUCGGCAGAUGCUACCUCGUCGAAGUGGAAAAAUGGAUAUCAAGAAGCGAUUGCGGCGACAUGUCAAGCUUUGAUCCCAAUAUCUUCCAAGGCCACCACUUCUUUGUGCAGGAUUGAACAAUCAAAUGCACUGCCACCCAUUGAAGAUCACUCACUGAGUAUGAAACCAUAUGCGAACAACGGGGUCGUUACGUUGGUUGAUGGCAGUGGUGAAUGUAUUGAAUGGACCAUAGAUGAUAAAGUGGUGGAUGGUGGAGAGGCCCUGAGACCGAUAUUAGACCAUACUCAAGGAGAUGCAGAUGUUUUAGGAUCUGAUGCAGCAGAUCUCUUUCUAGCCGUGGAGCAGUCAAAGUCAUUGGAAUGCAAUGACGAAGGUAAUGGUGAAGGUGAUGUUCCUCCGGAGGAAGAAGAUGAUUUUGAAGAUAUUGAUCCGUACCUGUUUAUAAAGCGGCUUCCAAGUCUGUCUGAAGUGGUUUCUCCCUGCCGGCCUCUGUUGCUUCCUCGGCAAACUCGGCGGAGUCCCCCAAUCACACUAGUCUUAGAUCUUGACGAAACCUUGGUCCACUCAACAUUGGAGCAUUGCGCUGAUGCAGAUUUCAGCUUCCCAGUCCAUUUUGAUUUUCAAGAACACAUGGUUUAUGUGCGUAGGAGACCUCACCUGCAAAUGUUUAUGGAACGAGUUGCACAACUUUUUGAAAUAAUUGUGUUCACAGCCAGCCAAAGUGUGUAUGCUGAGCAACUACUGAACGUGUUGGAUCCUAAGCGAAAGCUUAUACGUCAUCGCAUUUUUCGGGACUCCUGCGUUUUUGUGCGUGGGAACUACUUGAAGGAUCUGACCAUUCUUGGGCGGGAUCUUUCAAAAGUUGCCAUCAUAGACAACUCCCCACAGGCAUACGGAUUCCAGGUGGACAAUGGUAUACCUAUUGAGAGCUGGUUCGACGAUCGGUCAGAUAGUGCAUUAGCUGGUUUACUCCCUUUCUUGGAGACACUUGUUGGAGUUGAUGAUGUGCGCCCAAUUAUCGCGAAGAGAUUCAAUCUUCGACAGAAAAUAGCGGCUGCCGCAGAGUUGCCAUACAUAGCAAAUAAAGGAGAUCCCCUGGACCGAUUUUCUUAAGUUUACAAUGGAUGAGAGCAGGAGAAAAGUUCAAAAGAGCGGAGAGUCCCUUGAGACACUGUGUAGCUAUAUAGGCCAUAUGUGCAACCUCUGUCAGGACUUCCCCCUUGCAACGAUUGUUGUUAUCUACACAUGUGAAUGAGUAUCAAUUUAGUCGGAGGUGUGAGUUGUAGUGAAUUCAGUGAAGCUGCGACUUGUGUUCAAACGUUGGAUGUUGUCGCCAGUCUCAGUGCAGCUUCAAUCAGUACAUAUGAAAUGCUCCGAUAGCGCGUGUAUGGCGGAAUGAGUAGGAUAACCUUCCCGAGCGUUGCGGCAUCUUGCUUGAGCUGUCUUCAUCAUGGUGGACUGGCAGGCGCCCAACUUAUGAAGGACAGAACUUAAUAUUUAGAGUCACAAACAUCAGGGAUGCAGCGAUCUCGAAGUCAAGAGCAGUCGAAGUAGAUGUGGGGCAAGCUGGCUUGAUAUAUGGAGCAGUCAUGUUGAUGAUGCAAUGCUGAAACGCAAAAGAACGUGGGACUAAUACCUACGGGGAAAGAUCAAUUUAAUUUCAUUGUCUCACUUCAACGGUAUCAUACUUAAAGCACUCACGGAAUGUGGAAGAAUUUGCGACAGUCGUGAGACAUGGAUUUGUCACUCAAGGAUGGAUGGGAUAUUGAAAAGUAUGACAUCAGGGGUGUUUAGAGUUGUCUCAACAUAGACUAGGAGUAGAGCGUUAUGUAUACCUGAGAUGUCAGCGGCCGUUGGUAUAGGAGGAAAAAGGUUAGUCAUCAAGGUUACCGACAUUCGAAAGCGAGAAGUUGAAAUGAAUUUGACAUGAGGUAGAGAUUGGGGGCUGAGUUGUUUCAUAGUAAUAAAGACAGAUACCUAUACAUCAACGCCAAUUGCCUAUACAUUGAGAUUGUAUUGUUAACAUAUCCAUCGUAUUUUGGGAUGAUUAUGACUACCAGUGUAUUGUGUGGCUCGUAGAAAGUGUCCAGGUUUCGAAAUAGAGAAUAUACAUCAACUUUAGGAUCGUGAAAGUUACGUUUCUAUAAACAGGGCUUUCGUAAGUCGGACAUGGAAGUUCGACGUCUGACCAUCGAAACUUUUACCCUUGCGGAAGCCAUUGAAAGAAGUUAGCAAGAGAUGGUGUUGUUCUCCUCGCUCGCUCCAGCUCUCGCGAGAUGGACCCUAGCAGAGCCGCAAGCAUGGAGUGGUUAAGGGUUGUUUCAUUUUAUUUCGAUGGCCCACGAUGACUAAUAGGAAAAGGUGGGCUUUUAGCUUACGUGUCGAUUCAUGAACUCAACACAUGCAUCUAAACAACGGCGCCAACAUCUGGACUAGUGUUGGCUUAGUUCAUCUGUGUUAUUAGAGUAAUGC